AUGGGCGCGGCCCAGGUGCAGGAGAAUUUCAACGAUGUGGGCAAGAAUUUCACGCUGGCCAAGGAGUGCGAGCGUGCAGCGCGUAUUCUGACAGAAUUUGUUGUUCCGCCCAAGUUUGGCGAGCUGGACGAUAUUAUCCCGACUGACGUUCUGCAGCGCUGCCAUGGCAUCGCUGUGCUGUCGGUGAUCAAGGCCGGCUUUAUUUGGAGCGGCCGUGUGGGUAGCGGCCUUGUUUGCGCUCGUUUGCCCGACGGAACGUGGUCUGGGCCCUCGGCCAUCGGCACGGCUGGCGCCGGAAUCGGCGGGCAGAUUGGUGCGCAGCUGACUGAGGUGGUGAUGAUCCUGAACAAUGAGGAUGCCUGUCAAGGCCUGGGGUCCAACAUUUCGGUUUCUGCCGGCCCGCUUGGCCGCAGCGGCGAGAUUGCAGCGGCUGUCAACACCAGCAACGUGGCUGCAGUUUACUCGUACUCCAAGUCCAAAGGCCUGUUUGCCGGAGUGUCAAUUGAGGGCUCGGCUGUCAUGCAGCGCAAGGACGUGAACGAGGCCUUCUACGGUCGUGCCGCCCCGCCCGAACAGGUGCUGGCGGGCAGAAUCCCGCCGCCCGAGGAUGUGUCCGAGUGGGAGGUCCUGCGCACUGUACUCAACGAGCGCUGCACCCCGCCACAUGCCGGUCAGGCUGCCGCCGCCAACUACGGCAGCGAGACGCUGUAUGACAGCCGGGCGCAUGCCGAUCACGAGGAUGACCUGCCCACCUCCGCCACUCCGGGACUCGAGGAGGUUCCCCCUGCUACCGCUGCUGCGGAGCCCAGGAAGAGCGGCAGCCCUAACUAA